AUGGCAGCUGCUCUGAAAGAGGUUGAUCUAGAAACGCCAGCUGGUAAUAUAGCGAAUGCACUGGCCCAUAUAUUCUUGUUGACACCACGUGAAAAGUUACGGCAACAAGCUUACCAAAUGCUUGGCGUAACAAACAAUCGUGAUUUUGCGCUUGCCGUCGAACAACUUAUUGCUAAAUACCUUGAAAAGGAGCAACUCAAACUUGAUCGAAGAUCGCGAGGAGAAACUAGAACAUUCAGUGAUAUCACAAAUUUGCAGAACUGCUCGGAAAAUGAUUCAUUUAGUGAUUCGGUUAAUUCGUUUUUUUUGCGUAUUGAUUCAGAAGUUUCAUAA